CAUUAUGUGUGUUUCGUUCGUGCUUUCUCUCUGUAAACAAAAGACUUUUUUCCUCGAAGAAUAGUGUUUACGCGCUGAUAUCGUCCUUCAAGACCAUUGGAAGUCCUCAGGCCAGGGCUGAAGACGGGGUUUCGGGCUUCAAACGUUCCCAAAAUCGACCAGAAUUUUACAGAAGGAAGGAAUGCUGAGGGACCAAUUCAAGACUGCAGAAAUCAAAGACAGCCCCCUAACCAGGAAAGCAAACCCCAUCAUCAAUCAGCCAAGCUGGACAUCAUGGAGUUGCCCUGCUCAAGACCUUCAAUAAGGAGACGCCCUGUCCGCUGCGUAUCGCGAUCUUCACCAAGCAACAAUGCCCUGCUCCAAGACCCUUGCGAAUGCAAUGAGAAGAAGAGCCACAUAAGACGUCCCAAAUGGCGCAGAGUCGGCUGUUGGCGCUGCUUCUUUGCGUCGCCUGCUUAGGCAAUGCCGUCGCCUGGGCGUCUUCAACAGAAGAGGACGGUGAGCUGCUGAUGCACCACGACAGCGGCGCCCAGAACAUGGACAGUUUGCUGUUGCCAGGCAUGAAAUCGCACACUGAAGAGGAGGAGGACGAACUGGAGGAGGACUACGAGGAGGAACACGAGCACCACCUGGCGCCGUCCAGUCCUUCGGUGGCGCCGUCGCUGACCGGCGACCACCACCCGGCGGUGUCACUGCCCGUCUUCCUCGAGGAACCCAUCGACACCUACGUCAUCAAAAACAAACCGGCAACCCUCGUGUGUCGCGCCGCCCACGCCCUCAACGUUCAUUUUGAGUGCAACGGCGAGGGAGCGGAUGACUCUCUGACGGAGCAGAAUCAGCACCACAUCGUGGAUCCGAUGACCGGCACGCGAACCAUCGAAGCAACGGUGAACAUCACGAGGGACCACGUCGAAGAGUAUUUCGGCGCCUCGUUCGAGUGCUUGUGCAUCGCCAUGUCCAGCAGGGGCCACGUCAAAAGCAGGCCCGCCAAGCUGAAGGUUGCAUUUUUGCGCAAGCUGUUUGACCACGCACCGUACUCGCAGUCGGUGGAGCUGGAGCAGCAGGUCGAGUUUCGUUGUUUGCCCCCGGAAGGCUUUCCCAAGCCCAACGUGACUUGGAUACGCAACGGGGUCAUUCUGCGCGGGCAGGAGCAGGGCUUGCGGAUCUCGCAGGACGGACGUGUCCUGCUGGUGUUGAGUGCCAGAUUAGCGGACGCCGCCAAUUACAGCUGCGCCGCCGAAAAUGUGGCCGGCCGACGUGUCUCGGAGCCGGCAUCCUUAACAAUUUAUGUUAACGGAGGGUGGACGCCGUGGUCACCGUGGAGCGAGUGCAGCAGCCGGUGCGGUCGCGGCCAACAGAGCAGACAGCGCCAGUGCACGGCGCCGGCGCCCCUCAACGGCGGCGCCAACUGCCCAGGCAACGCCAGGCAAAAGGUCGAGUGCACCAGCCACUGUCCAGGAGGAGCUCUGUUCGAGGACAACAGUGGUUCUUCGUCGACUGAUGGCCGGUGGUCCGUCUGGUCCCCGUGGAGUGCUUGCGGUCCCGAUUGCAAACACCACAGGAAACGGUCGUGCAACAGCCCCGCGCCCUCUCCAGGCGGCCGUUUCUGCUCCGGCAAGGACAUGAUGUCGGCCAACUGCACCGGAGACCUCUGCACAGUCGGCAAGGAAGACCUGCACUCGGGUUUCGACGGCGCCAGACUCGCGGAAGAAGCUACCCGGGCCGCCGUGCAGACAGAUGUGACUCUCUACAUCGGGCUGAGCGUCGCCCUAAUUGUCUUCGGAGUGCUCGCCUGCGUCGCCGUCAAAGUUCUGAGGCGCAAGGGCAGAAGGCACAGCCUCUACGACAUGGCCGUCUCAGUUGAUUACUACCCGCACCCUGACAAGAAGAACGGCCACCUGAUGACGACCACGUUGCACUCGCAGCCUGACCUGACGCAAGGAGCCACCUCGGCCACUCCGCCCCUUCUGCCGCCCCCCGGAGGCCCCACGGCCGUCUUCUACGAGUACCCCCCGUACGGCGACGCCAACCACCUGGGCACCCCUUGCAGCGAGCACCACUACGACGUGCCCCUGCUGGCGCCGCCCCCGAAACACCCGCCCCCGGCCGCCCCCGGAACGGCGUCGACCGCCUCCUUGGCCUCAUCUUCGCGGCCACCGCAGCGCUCCGGGAGUCUCUCGUCGUUUUCUUCUUCCUUGUCCCAGGCGGAUUCCGUCAGCUACGACGCCAUCCCCAAUAACUACAACGACUCGUCAAGUGGAGGCGAGACUGUGUGCGGAAUCAAGUUGGUGGAUACCGAGAGCAAAACCAAGGGCACCGUCGGAUACUCGGGGCUGCGGCUCAGCCUGCCCAACUCUGGAGUUCACCUGACCAUGGGCGAGGGAGCCGUCAGCAGAGGGGAAAAGAGAAAAGCGUUUUUGGCUGUAAUGAGGGCUGACAGGGAGCGCGUUCCAUUGCCAGAUGGUUUGACACAGUUGAGUCCUGUGGUGGCGUGCGUUGUUCCACCAGCAAUGCGGCGACCGGCGGUCCUCAGCUUCAGGCAUUGCGCGCGCCCGCAAAGGGGAGCUUGGAAUGUCUCUCUGUGGUGCAGUCCGGGAACGCCAGACUCGCCACCCAAGUGGAAGCGCGUGGUCACCUUGGGAGAGGAAACAAUCAACACGCCGGUCUUUGUGCAGCUUGACGAGAGCGAGGCGCAUGUGAUGGUGGAAAACUCUGGCCGCUACAUUUUAGCUGGCGAGUCGCACACUGGUCGGGCGGCCAAGGCGCUGAAACUGGCCGUCUUCGGGCCGAGCCAACCGCCGCAUCAGGAGUGCUGCUUGAGAGUUUAUGCUGUUGAGGACUAUUUGGCUGCAAUGGAGGCAAUGAUGUCAAUUGAAAAGCAGUUGGGAGGCUGCCUGCUCCAAAGGCCGAGGUCGAUGCUGUUCAGUGACGGGGGCGGAUCUUUGUGUCUGGACCUGGAAGGUUUGGGACAUGGUUGGCGGUGCAAGCCUCAGGGCAGCUUCCAGGAAAUUCCAUUCCAACACGUUUGGAGACCUUCGAGUAAUUUGCUGCAUUGUUCCUUCACCUUGGAGAGAAGCAACAAUGACCCUUCGCCGGUUUCAUUCACACUCAGAGCCCGCCAGGUUGACAUAACGACAGGCGCCACGAUCUCACAACAGGUUGCCAUCAACGUCAACUGUGACGGAUCAUCUCAGACUCCAUGCAGUCCGAACGCAGUACCAAGAGGAGCGCGAGUCUCAACAGUCAAUUCGAGUAGUGGCUGCAGCUCUCUCGUCACCACCCUGGAACCUGCAGGACCUGCUUUCAAGUUCCCUAGAGGGCUGAGGAAACAACUCAGCCAGUGUCUCGACCCGCCAAAUGCUCGGGGCAACGACUGGCGAAUGCUCGCUCAAAAACUUGGCAUGGAUAGGUACAUUGCAUUCUUUGCAACAAAGCCGAGCCCAACAGAGCACAUUCUUGACUUGUGGGAGGCGCGACACCGCGACUCCUCCGCCUCGGCCGAGUUCCUCAACAUCCUCAGGGCCAUGGGCAGGAUGGACGCGGCGGGAGUGGUGGAGCGCGAGUUGGGACCCUGGUUGUAAUUGGGCCCCUCCUCGCCAUCAGUGUCUGUAGGGGACUGAAUAGUAGCCCUUGUCCUCCUCCUCUCUCUGUCUCUUAAUUGUGAUCUGUGUAUAAAAGACUGCAGCGAGAAAUACACACACGUAAAUUAGUAGUGCCAACAUCUAAUAAGGACCACCGACCGAGAUAAAUAUUUAAUUAAAUGUUCGAGUAGCGCAAACCAUCAAUGUAACACACACUCACACACACCAAAUGUAAACGACUCAAUGUUUAGUGCAGUUCAUUGUGCCAAAAAAUGCAGCCCACCAGAUUUGGCGACAAAAGUCACAGUAAAAUUUGGUUAUAUUAAAAUUCCUGAGGAAAUCACGUGUUUAUAGGUUGGAUUUUGGUGGACUAUCUCUCUUGUGUAAGGAAAUCGAUGUUGUAAAACUUUGUUACUUAAUAUAAUAAAAAAAAAACAAGGACGUGAGUGAUUUUUGAUGCUGGAAAGACAGAAAAGUUUAGAGAGACGAACUUGUGUACAGAAUGAACUUGUUAGCAGGAAAAUUUGGAUGGAUAAGCGUAUAAAUAUAUAUUAUUGUUUGUUACGAGCGUAGACGUUGUAUAAAGAGGAAGAAAAACCGCUGAUAUAGUUAAAAUAAUAAUAUAGCCAUCGCUGUGAAAGAGAACUAAAUGUUUCCCUUUUUAUAAUAAAAACGACACACACUCUGUACAUACACAGAAAUGAUACAACCGUAAAUUAUGCAACACGUGGAAAAAUUGAAAUUUCUAUUGAAAAACUGAAAAAUGUAAUAACUCGAUAAUAUAGUCUUUGAUGAAUUAUAUAUAUUAAUAAAAAUGCAACGAUAUAUGAAGUC